UAAUUAUAAAUUUAAAAAAAGGUCACCCUGGUGUAUGCGUACUUUUUUUUUGUGUGGUGAAUAAGAACAAAUUCUUCUAUGAUUUUUAAACAAAGUAUAUAGGAUAUCGAAAAUAAAAGUUGGGCUAUCCUAAACUAACCUUUGGCAAUCGAACCAGGCAGGUUUGAAAAAAAAAAUUAGCAUUUGGGGGCGCCAACUUCACUGGUUAAGUAAAAAAAAGUUAUGGCAACUCUAUUUUUGAUAAACCAAUACACUUCCAAGUUCAAUUCCAACUAUAAAAUUAAGUAAAUAUGAUAAGAAUAAACAAACAUCAAUAUAAAACACUGGUUUAUGAAAAAAGCUCUUUUCUUUAAUUCAGUACAUGAUGCAUACAGCAAACGGUGAGAGGGUACCCAAAGAAUUUGAUAAAGCAUUCUUCGCCAAUGCUCUUCAAAAUGGUUUACUCGAACAAAAUCUUGAAGUAAAAAAAAUUAAAUUUUCAUCUGGAAAUGAAAAUACCGAUACUUAUUGUGAGCAAAGUUUUCGUGUAAUUUUAACUUAUGCCAAAAUUGGAGAAAUAAAUCCUAAUGCAAUUACUGUGAUACUAAAGCUUUAUAGUAACAAAAUCGGUUUAUGUGACUCGGUGACUGCAUUCAAUAAAGAAAAAUGGUUUUUCACCGAAAUCCUACCAAAAUUCGAAAUUCUUUUGAAUGAUAUUAAAUUGUUUCCAAACUGCUAUUAUGUUUCAAAUACCCCGAUGCCAAGUAUGGUUUUUGAAGAUGUGGGUCGUUUUGGAUUCCAAAUGGCCAAUAGAAUUGGUGGACUCGAUGAGCGUCAUGCUAGACUCGCGUUGAAAAAACUUGGACAGUUUCAUGCUACAUCAAUGGUUUUUGCAAAAAAGCGACCUGCCAUGAUGACCAACUACAAACAGCGGGGAAUCGUUGAUCCAACGCUAUUAAAUUCAUCAACUUACUUCUAUAAGACACUGCAUAGAAACCUUGGAUAUCAAAUCGAAAUCAUAUCAAAAUGUGAAGGUUUUGAGGACAUCACAAAGAAAUUAAAAGAAUACCAUAACGACUUUGAGGCACGUACUCUAGCUUGUCGAAAGUCUAGAGAUGGAGAAAUCAAGGUCCUUAACCAUGGUGACUUAAAUUUGGAUAAUUUACUAUUCAAAUAUGAUCCACAAAAUAAUCCUAUGGAUUUAGUGUUCAUUGAGUUCCAACUUAGUAUUUAUGCAAGUCUUGGAAUAGACUUGAAUUAUUUUCUAUUUUUAAGUGUUCAGGUGGAGGUAUUGAAAAAAUGGAAUUCAUUACUCGAAGAUUAUCAUGCGUCGUUGUGUUAUACUUUGAUGGAGCUGAAUUAUAGUGACAUUCCGACUUAUGAAGAUAUUGAAAAGGAAUUUCAACAAAAUUAUCCUUAUGGACUUUUUGCUUUAGUUGGUCCAUCGACUUUGAUGAAUAUGAAUAACAAAAUAAGUGAUAGUAAUAAUUUUGCAAAAUUAGCUAAAUUAGAUGAAAGAACAGAGGAGGUUUUUAUGUCGGAAAAUUUGAUUGAGCGUUUAAAGUAUUCAUUGUUGGAGUUUGAUAAAAUGGGUGUUUUAGAUACACAGAUCCACUGAGUCACAGUUUUUUCAAUAUGAUUAAGAAUAAAAUAAAUUAAUUUUAAAAAAUCUGUAUUGUUUAAUUAGAAUAUAAUAAAAAUACACAUAUUACACAAAAUUGCACACAAGGCCAUAAGGAUGCAAAUAAAUUUUAUAGUUUUUCAUACUUAUAGUUUAUAUGAAAUCAAUCCCUCGAAGUCUGUUC